GGAUAGUUUUGUUUUUGUUGUGCUCUUCCAAUCCAAAUAUUACUGCAUAGCCCGUGAUGAAGUUUCCCAUUUAAGAUAUCGACUCUAUCAACAUGAAAACCCUAGCAUGAUAGAAAAACAAGCAUUAAAAGCAUAUAUAACCAACAUGAAUAAAAAUACAUUAUUAUACCUGGUCGUAUUUUUAUCAAUCCACAAAGUGUAUAUAAUUAAUCAAUAUUAUAACUUGGGAUCAUAUUGAAUGUUUGUUCUCAAGAGGCAUAACAUCUGCUUAUCUGCAUGAAUAAACUACAUACACAUAAAAUUCAAGAUACCAUUGGUUAGUAAUCUUUCUUUUAAAGGUUGUUGACAAUUUCAAAAGAAGAAAGAAAAAAGUGAUAAAAGUGAAAAUACAGGAAGUUAAGAAGCUUAUCUAUAUCCAUACAAUGGAAUGGAAUGUACAAGACGGACACAGAUACAGACAGACAGACAGACAGACACAGUUCUCUUCUUGCCUAUGAAUGACUCACUCAUUUGAAGAACAGCUGAGCUGAGCUGAGCUGAGCUUGACCCAGUUCUCAUCCAUGGCUUCUUUCUCUGGCCUCUCUCUCAAGUGCUGUCCUUGGUCUCUUCCUCACUCUCUCAACCACCGCUCCUUCAACUCCAACUUCAAUCCCAAUUCACUCUCUUCUUCUCAGUCUCAACAUCAACCCCUCCCUCCCGACUUCACCUCCAAGCAGCUUCUCGACACCCUUCGUCGCCAGAAUGACGAGUCCUCCGCGCUUCGCAUCUUCGACUGGGCCUCGAAACAGCCUAAUUUCUCACCCACUACCUCCAUCUACCAGGAGAUUCUUCGCAAACUCGCCAAGGUUGGCUCUUUCGACUCCAUGACCAAUCUCCUUCUCGAUAUGAAGCGCUCCGCUUGCCCCGUAGAUAAAGGUACGUUCUUGAUUUUCAUCGAGAGCUAUGCCCAGUUCGAGUUUUAUGAUGAAAUUUUGGGUCUUGUCUCACUCAUGGAGGAUGAGUUUGGGGUGAAGCCCGAUACCCAUUUCUAUAAUUCUUUGUUGAAUCUUCUUGUGGAGGGAAACAAGCUCAAACUGGUUGAAACUGCGCAUUCUGGCAUGGUUAGUAGGCAAAUUAAGCCCGAUGUUUCGACGUUUAAUGUCUUGAUUAAGGCCCUUUGCAGGGCUCAUCAGAUUAGGCCUGCCAUUCUGAUGAUGGAGGAGAUGCCCAGCUAUGGUCUUUCCCCGGAUGAGAAGACAUUCACCACCAUUAUGCAGGGUUAUAUUGAAGAAGGUGAUAUCCGAGCUGCCUUGAGAAUCAAGGACCAAAUGCUUGAAUCUGGCUGUUCUUGUACCAAUGUCACCGUCAAUGUCUUGAUUAAUGGGUUUUGCAAAGAGGGUAGAAUUGAGGAAGCUCUGAGUUUUAUUCAGGAGAUGGCCAAGAGGGGCUUCCAUCCUGAUCACUUUACUUUCAAUACUUUGGUGAAUGGUUUAUGCAGGGCUGGGCAUGUUAAGCAAGCUCUGGAGGUCAUGGAUGUGAUGCUUCAGGAGGGAUUUGAUCCUGAUAUUUAUACAUACAACUCGUUGAUAUCUGGGCUGUGCAAAUUGGGUGAGGUUGAUGAGGCUGUGGAAGUUCUCAAUCAGAUGGUUUCAAGGGAUUGUUUCCCUAAUACUGUCACUUAUAACACUUUGAUUAGCACCUUGUGUAAGGAGAACCAGGUCAAAGAGGCAACUGAACUUGCUCGUGUUCUUACAAGCAAGGGGAUUUUACCGGAUGCUUGUACCUUCAAUUCCCUGAUUCAAGGUCUCUGCUUGACCAGUAAACAUGACCUUGCAAUGGAACUGUUUGAGGAGAUGAAGAGCAAAGGCUGCCAGCCUGAUGAGUUUACUUACAACAUGUUGAUCGACAGCCAUUGUUCUAAAGGGAGGAUUAGGGAAGCUUUGAAUCUUCUUAAAGAAAUGGAAUCCAGUGAUUGUGCCCGAAAUGUGGUGAUAUACAAUACUUUGAUUUAUGGGCUGUGCAAAAAUAAGAGGAUAGAAGAAGCUGAGGAGAUUUUUGAUCAGAUGGAACUUCAAGGGAUUUCGAGAGACGCAGUGACCUACAACACUCUCAUUGAUGGGCUAUGUCAGAACAGGAGAGUGGAGGAAGCGUCUCAACUAAUGGAUCAGAUGAUAAUGGAAGGCUUGGUCCCUGACAAGUUCACCUACAAUUCUCUUCUCACAUAUUUCUGCAGGAAUGGAGAUAUCAAAAAAGCUGCUGAUAUUGUUCAAAACAUGACUUCAAAUGGGUGUGAACCAGACAUUGUCACUUAUGGGACCCUUAUUGGGGGGUUGUGUAAAGCAGGUAGAGUUGAGGUAGCAAGUAGACUCCUCAGAACUAUCCAGAUGAAGGGGAUGGUUCUGACUCCGCAGGCGUAUAACCCUGUAAUACAAGCACUAUUUAGAAGGAAGAGAGUGAAAGAAGCCAUGAGAUUUUUUAGGGAAAUGAUGGAGAAAGGCGAUCCUCCGGAUGCUAUAUCAUACAAGAUUGUGUUUCGCGGGCUUUGUAAUGGUGGAGGGCCGAUUGGAGAAGCUGUUGAUUUUGCGAUUGAGACGACAGAAAGAGGAUUCAUUCCCGAGUUCUCAUCGUUUGUCUUGCUUGCUGAUGGACUCUGUGCUUUGUCCAUGGAGGACACCUUGAUUAAGCUUGUGGAUAUAGUCAUGGCGAAAGCAAAGCUCUCAGAUAGUGAAGUUUCCAUGAUAAGAGGUUUCCUCAACAUACGUAAAUUUCAUGAUGCCUUGGCUACUCUUGGUGGUAUCUUGAAUAGCCGGACGCCUAACAGAGCUUACCGGUACAGAUUAAGGUGAAAUGUGCUUGUGUUCAUCAGAUUUGGAGGUGUCAAUGGAAGGGUUUAGUGUUUUGUCAGAUAAUGUUGUAGAAAGUCAAAAUUUUUGUUAUACAGGACUUUGAUGGAUAGAAGAGCUGUGGCAGAGGAGGAGGUAACUAUUUUGACUAGUAUAUGUAGUCAUCAUUAUCCAAUCUGGUUGUUGUAUAUUCUAGGACAUUAAAUUGUUAAAGUUUAUACUUGAAAUCCAAAAGGGUGAGAUAGUGAUCUUUUGAUGUUCCUUA